CUCUGCUUCUCCCCGACUCUCUCUCGUUCCAUCCUCCCCAGCAUCCUCUCUGACACCCUCUCAAUAGCCACACCACUCCACGCCUCAAUCUUCUCCACCACUCUCCACUUCGCGUCUCCCUGCAUCUCAUUGAAGUUAUUCCUCGAUCAGCCUCUCUCUGAUCCCAACCUCUCUCCACUUCCACCGCCCCCCCCCCACCACCACCUUCCAAUAUCUCCGCAUCUCCCACCUCUCGCCUCCACCUCUCAUGGAUCCAUCAUCCUCGGAGUCGGAUUAUGGGGGUGCCGUCACCCCCACCGACUUCCAAAAUCUCAACGACACCGCCACCACCACGACCACCGCCGCUGCGGAGUGCGACUACAGCGAGUGGAACGUCACGCCGACGCUCAUCCCCAUCGUCUACUCGCUGGUGUUCGUGUGUGGCCUCGUGGGCAACGGCCUGGUGGUGUGGACCAUCGCGCGGCUCAAGACGCGCAAGCGCAACACGGAUCUCUACAUCGCCAGCCUCGCCUCCGCCGACCUCGUCUUCGUCCUCACGCUGCCCCUCUGGGCCGCCUACACGGCACUGGGCUACCACUGGCCCUUCGGGGGCUUCCUCUGCACCCUCAGCAGCUGCGUGGUCAUGCUCAACAUGUACGCGAGCAUCUUCUGCCUCACUUGUCUCAGCCUGGACCGCUACGAGGCCGUCGUCUGCUCGCGGCCCGCCGGGAGCCCGCGCGGCAGGAGGACCGCGCUGCGACGCUGCGCGGUCAUCUGGCUGAGCGCCCUCGUCGCUUCGCUGCCCUCGAUCGUCUUCAGCGGGGUGUCCACCGUGGAACACCCCAACAGCGGCGAUGUCAGCCGCAACGAAACGGACUACAGCUACAACAGCGACGGGCAGGAGAUGGACGAGUCCUACAGGACGAUGGCGAUGGCCGACGCCGCGAUGAUGACGAUGGCGAUGACGACGACGACGAUGACGACGACGACGCUCCAGUGCAGCGCAAGCUUCGCGUCCGUGGCGUCGCCGGACACCGAGCACCUGUGGGCGGCGGGCCUCAGCCUCACCUCCACGGGCCUGGGCUUCGUGCUGCCCGGCUGCGCGCUGCUCUUCUUCUACGCGCGCAUCAUGGCCAAGAUCCAGAGUCACUUCACGCACGUGCGCAGGGAGAGCAGGAAGCGCCGCCGUCUGCUCCGAGUCAUCGCCACGCUGGUGGUCACCUUCCUUGCCUGCUGGCUGCCCUACCACCUCCUCAAGACGCUGGACGCCCUCGUGUGGCUCGACUUGCUGCCCAUGAGAUGCGGCCUCGAGCGCGCGAUCUUCGUGGGGCUGCCCUUCGCGCUGUGCUGGGGCUUCGUCAACAGCUGCCUCAACCCCGUCCUCUACGCCUACUUCGACGUCGACUUCAGGGCGCGCUGCGCGAGCGCCCUGGGCUUCGCGUGCCCCCCGCGGACGGGGGGCGAGCCCCCCGCGAUGGGGCGCCCGGGGUGCCGAGGACACGAGGAGCCGCCGUCGGGAUCGUCCGGGGAGCGCAGCCGCUCGGGGACCGGCUCGGUCUCCACGAGCAUCUAGGAACGCGUGGCGGAGGUGUCCACCGUCGACGCCGCCGCCGCCGUCGUCGUGACGCGCGAGGCGUUGCGUCCGUCAAGUCGUCGAUGGAGAGACGGGGGGCGGUAGCGCGGAGCGGCUCUGGAGCGAGGAGACCCGAGGGUUCUUCACGGGCAGCCUGGAGACGAUCGGCUCCGGGGGGAGGGGCGGGGCCAGGCCAGCGCAGGCGUGCCAAGUGGGCCAGGGCGCCCUCGUGUAAGACUUUCCCGUUCGCACAUCCGAGCCGAGCCAGCACGGGUGGUUUUCCACUGGCUAUUUGUCGAGCCGAGCCAGAGGCAAACCGUGAAACGUUGGCAUC